AUGCAACUUCUUAGAUCUGAUCCACAGUACAAAAAAAACGAACAACAAUCUCAGAGAUUAAAACGUUCUCAGGUCGAUGAAAAGAGCAAAAUUUUAAAGCACAAGCAGUUGAAAAGGUCUGAUCCACAGUUCAGGAAGCGCGAACAAGAAUCUCAGAGACUAAAACGUUCUCAAGUCGAUGAGAAGAACAAAAUUUUUAAGUAUAAUCAGUUGAAAAGAGCAGAUCCACAGUUCAGGAAGCGCAUACAAGAAUCUCGGAGACUAAAACGUUCUCAAGUCGAUGAGAAGAACAAAAUUUUUAAGUAUAAUCAGUUAAAAAGGGCUGAUCCACAGUUCAGGAAGUGCGAACAAGAAUCUCAGAGACUAAAACGUUCUCAGGUCGAUGAGAAGAACAAAAUUUUUAAGUAUAAUCAGUUGAAAAGGGCUGAUCCACAGUAUAGGAAAAGUGAACAAGAAUCUCAGAGACUAAAACGUUCUCAGGUUGAUGAGAAGAGCAAAAUUUUUAAGUAUAAUCAGUUGAAAAGGGCUGAUCCACAGUAUAGGAAAAGUGAACAAGAAUCUCAGAGACUAAAACGUUCUCAGAUUCUGCUGGUGUUUGGGAAGGAUGACGGGCAGAGCGAUAGCUUCUGGUUUGCAGCAGACAAAGCCGGAUAUAAAUGCAACCUCGCUCGUAACUCGGAGACCGCCUUGGACAUCUUUCUGGACAAACACCCAGAUGUCGUAGUUAUCGAUCAUAGACAUUCCAAGCACUUUGAUGCAGAGACCUUAUGCAGGUCUAUUAGAGCAACCAAAGCCAGUAAAUACACAAUACUUAUAGCUGUUACCAAAAAGACUUCUUCAGACAGAGAAGAAGCACCAAUCUUACCUCUUUUACAAGCAGGAUUCAAUAGGCGUUUUAUAGAAAACCAUAAUGUAGGCACAUGUUUGAAUGAGUUGGUCUCCAUAGAACAUGGCGAGUUACGAUCCCAGCUUAAAUUACGUGCAUGCGAUGCAUUAUUCGCAGCAUUAGAACACAGCAGUGAUGCUAUUGAAAUCACCAGCAAGGACCAUAUUGUACAGUAUGUGAACCCUGCCUAUGAGAGCAUGCUUGGUUAUACCUUAGAUGAGCUUCUCGGGAAAGAUAUCCGGAAGCUGCCUAAUUGUGAGAAGAACAACGCUGAGCACCAAGAGAAUGUGUUUGCUCAGUUAAAGAAAGGGAAGUCUUGGGAAGGCACAUGUUAUGCAAAGAAGAAGACUGGAGAGAGCCUGUGUCACCACUGUCACAUUCUUCCAGUUGAAGGUGGAGGAGGAAAAAUCCGGCAUUAUGUAGCAAUACGCAACCCAGCCCCUGAAAACUGCCAGUUAGAUAGGUACCACAGGGACUGUGAACACUCUGACCACCACAGUUCUAAGCCCCAUGAUUACCGAUCUCAGCGGAAAGGAUCCUGUGAUAUGAGAUCAAUAUCCAGCUCAGAUGUGUGUCAUCUUGCAGAUUUGUUUUGGCCUCCAGGGGGACAUAUUCACAGCAGACGACGGGAUUCAGCAGCCAGGAUUCACUCCAUGACAAUAGAGGCUCCAAUCAAUAAGGUGAUAAAUAUCAUCAAUGCUGCACAAGAAAACAGUCCUCUCACCGUGGUUCAGGCCCUGGAUAAAGUCUUGGAAAUCCUACGGACGACUGAGCUGUACUCCCCGCAUCUUACAUCACAGCAAGUCAGGGAGGAGGAUCAGAUGACUAGCGACUUGGUGGGGGGACUCAUGUCGUCACAAGGCUCUGUAAGAUCUGCUGAGCAAGAGCAAGGAACAACAAAGAGAAGGAUGUCAUCCACAGAUAAAUUUAGUCACCACAGUCACAUUCCUCAGCAGUUGCCUGCCACAAUGCUGUCUCAGGUCCCAGCAGACAUCUCCAGACUCCUAGAGACUGAACCCCAGUGGGAGUUCAAUAUACUGGAACUGGAAAGACUCACUAACAGGAGGCCCUUAGCAUAUUUGGCAAUGAAGACAUUCACACGGUUCAAUGUUUGUGAAUUUCUAAAUACCAGUGAAACCACCAUGUGGAACUGGUUGCAGCUUAUUGAAGCCAAAUAUCACAGCAGCAACAAAUAUCACAACUCCACACAUGCUGCCGAUGUCAUGCAGUCAACAGCCUACUUCCUGGAAAGACAAAGAAUCAAGAGUUUAUUUGAUCACAUGGACGAAGUGGCAUCGCUGAUUGCCGCAGUGGUCCAUGAUGUGGAUCACCCUGGGAAAACAAAUGCCUUCUUAGUCAAUGCUGGCAAUGACCUGGCACUUGUCUACAAUGAUCUAGCCGUCCUGGAAAGCCACCAUGUAUCUUUGGCUUUCCGCCUGUCUGCACAGAAUGAUGACGUCAAUAUAUUUAAGAACUUGGAGAGAGAUGAUUUCCGUGCUAUGCGCCAGAUGAUUAUUGACAUGGUUCUGGCAACUGAACUCACCAAACAUUUUGAGCAUUUAUCAAAGUUUGUAAACUGUACAAAGCAUUUUGUGGAAAAAGAAGAGGAGGAUUUCUCACUGAAUGGGUCUCAAGAUGCUCAAACUACAUUAUCCUUGCCAGAGAACAAAGCUGUUAUCAAGCGUAUGAUCAUCAAAUGUUCUGAUGUGUCUAACCCAGCCAGGCCAUUCUACUUGUGCAAAGAGUGGGCUCUAAGAAUAGCAGAAGAAUACUUUCAGCAGACUGAUGAGGAGAAGUCGCUUGGUCUGCCAGUGGUGAUGCCAGUAUUUGAUAGGAAAACUUGCAGUAUACCUAAGUCACAGAUUAGUUUUAUUGACUUUUUCAUAAAUGAGAUGUUUGAGGCAUGGGAUGACUUUGCUGAUGUCCCUGACCUGAUUGGGUACCUCCAAGAGAACUACAGGUGUUGGCAGACUCAGCAAAAGGAAGAACAGGACAAACAACAGAAGCAGAGCAGCACAGAACAAGAAGAUGGAACAGAAAGUGAACAAACUACAGAAAACGGUGCCAGGGAAGAACAACAGAUGAGUAAUGGGGAUCUGGAAUCUACAGGCACAAAGAAAGUUACAAUAAAAGACAGAGAGCCAGUGGCACAACAAGAAAGCUUGACAGUAGAAGAUGUAUCAGAAGAGUUAUCUUAGCAGCAAUGUACACAUGGUCCCACACAGAGUGUGGAAAAAGAUGUAUUAAAAAAAGAUUAUGAAAAUGUAAAAAUGCACUGCAUAAGUUCAAAUAGUGUUUGUUAUGAUUGUGACCAGAGGAUGGGUCACAGAAUUGUGUUCACCAUGGUGUCUGUAUUAACAGAUAGAGAUAAAAAAAAAUUAUGAUUAUUUUCCGCAUCUUACAGAUGACGUAUCUGUCUGAAAUAUUCAGUAGAUAUUGUCUUUUUGACAGUUGUUUUAGUUUGGUGUUAUUGCACCAUAAAUCAAACUUGACGGUUUGAGUGUUGGUACCCCCUGUUGUGUAUGCCCCUCAAACGUGUCUUUACUCCCCUUCACCUCAUUAGUAUAUAAUGUAUCUUGGUCAAUG